CAGUCUGUCUGUCAUGGCCGACAUCAAUGGCAGAUGGUAAAAUCUCAAAACUGGCUCUUAGUGAUGGGCACCUAAUACCUAAAGUUCUUUCUCUUCUCCCAUUACUUCGUCGUUCCUUUCUAUGACAUUCUUUCUCCGGUUGUUACGACUUUAUGCUGUCUCACUCUUUCUCUGCCAGGUGGCGGAGGCAUUCUCCUUCGAAUUCCCCAACGUCAUCCCUUGCUUGCUUCUGGAUUUGCCUUGGGCUCGGGGACUAGGCGACCCACAAAAUAUGCAGUUGUUUUUAGAUGACCUUGCGCCAGACGGCCUGCGAAGGCUCAUACAAGCAAUUGGGCCAUCAAUGGAAGAGGGGAAUAUUCCGAUAUCGGUGUUCAACCAUCCUGGCGAUUUCCGAAUCGAUUGUGAAGACGACAAUGGAACCUCAAUCUGGAAUACGACAAUCACUCUUCUAGAUUGCCCAACGAAAACGAGCACCCCUGUGGAAAGGUCUGCAUCGGACCUCACCACCAGCGCCAUCGAUUUGAGCUCCUCCAUUCUGUCUUCUACCACCGUUUCAAGCAGCAAUCCUGGUAGCAGCUCGAGCACAGCGUUCAACGCAACGUCUACUGUUACUUCCAAAGGAAGAGUCCCCUCGCUCCCUGCACCUACAUUGCCUAUAUCAUUUUCGAAAUUUCCUCCGCUGAAUAUCUCACACCCUUGGACGUCUUUGUCUUCUCAUCUUUCUACUCAUCUUUCAACUCCAAUCCCAUCAUCGGAGCCUACGAGCAUGUUGCCCUCUUCAUCAAAUCACACUGCCUCGACCAACACCUCUCCGCCGAGGGUUGAUGGCCCGGUGAAGUCUAUCCCCGUUGGAUCGUCACUAGUAACUUCUAGUCCGGUAAACACCUUAGCAUCGACAGUUUCUUCGGAUAGCUCCAACGAUGCGGCGAAGAGCCUUUUUUCGUCUUUAACAAUGAGUGGGAGCUGGCCUCAUAGCAAUUUUCUGAUAUCAAGCACGCCGGUUCCCAGCAUUACAAUCACUCAUGUUACAGCUGUUUCUGUUUCACUACCUUCUUUCUCAGGCUCAAAUUUCGAGACUCUUAUUGGCGGCUUAAGUCCUUCGACAGAUGUUGCCAGUUCAGCCACUACAUCUGAAAUCAUUUUGAAGUCCCAGGACCCUUCGCAUACUAUUACCCACGCGGCGCUCGCCACUGUUGCGGAGACCUCCAUUGGGAGUGACACCGAGGCAACCUCUUCUUCGACAUGGAUCUUCUUGACCACAAGCGGAAUCACCUUAUCACCUACACCAAUCGUUGAUCCGACACCGCACUCUAUUCCCUUGCCUGCAACAUCUGGGGAUUCCUCUAACUCUAAUGGUCAUGAUCAAAGCAUUCAACAGACGAUGAGUCAACCAGGUGCUAUCGCUGGAGUCACUAUUGGUGCAGUAAUCUUGGCCAUUGCACUGAGUUUGCUCAUUGCACUGUGCUUAAUAAAACAUAGAAGGAAACGCCGCUUUUUUGAUCGCGAUGCUCGGAAAUCACUCAAUCCAUUUUUCAAGUAUCAAGCGAAUCUGCUUCGGUCUCCCAAACGAUGGAGGCUGAUCGUCAGUCUCGGCGUGGGUGGAACUUGAAGGCCCAACUUCGGAAAUGGCGCUCGAGUAAUGGAGUAAUCGAACCGUUCAUCACGUCAAGGUACCGUCUUGAUCCUGAUAUGGUUGAGAGUGGCAGUAGAAGAAUGAAUGAAGCUCGGCGCUUCUC